AUGGCUAAUCUUUGGAGAUUAUGGAGCUUUCUCUAUGGAAUUAUCCUUUGGUCGUGUAUGUUACGCGCCUUUUUUGUGAGUGGUCGACUAAUAAGAAAAGGCGAAGCCAGAACAAACUCGACCUUGCAAGAAUUCGAGCGAGGAAUGGACAUGUUGGAACAAUGCAAAACCUUGAAUUGCUCGUUCGCCAUCGAUGGAGACGAAUGCGAAAAAUUCAAGGAAUCGGUAUACACAGAAAAAGCACUGGCUAUUUUCAUUACCGUAAACGUCACAAAUUCGACGAAUAACGAAGAAACCGCAGGAAAGGUCUUGGGGGAGAGUGGAGGCAAUGGAAUGGAGAACGAUCAGGUGAAGCAAAAGUGGGUAUGGCUGCGAGACGCGCGUGGAAAGUUUCUUGUCACUCUACCUUACGACUUCGAUAUUCUUUCCCUCUCCACUUUGAAAAAGGAUGUGCCAAGUAUAACUAUGAAAUUUAAUACGACGCCUCAAUACUGCUUUGCAAACAUGUCUAAAACUUGUCGACGCAGUUUUAUUGCGUCAGCCAUCUUUAAUUGUCUUGGAGACACUUAUGGUAACCUCUGUGUGAGACCACAAGAACAUGAAGAAUAUAAAGAAUAUCGCUGUUGUAAUAAAAAAGACAAUGAUUAUGUUUGUGAUGAACCCAUAAAAGAGAAUCAGUGGAUUGAAAUUGCUAUCAGGUUUCUAUGGGCUUGCUCAAUUGGGUUUGGCCUGUUUGCACCCCUUUUGUUAAAGUAUUUUCCAAAAGAGUUUAAAAAGAGACCUAAAAUAAGGCCAGCGAGGUCAUUGUUAAGUAGAAGUGAAUCAGUGUAUACAGAUAAUGAAACCCUAUCAGUGGACACAACAACAUUGGGUGAGCGUCCACUGAUGUUCGCUCUUGAUGAUGGAAUGUUAGAUUUACUACGCACUAAAACGGAGUCAGUGGUUUUCUCAAGAUUGAGUCGUUGUCUUUUUGUCAUCUUGCUGAGUUCUCUGCCUUUGCUACAAGGUUUUAUAUACACGCACUUAAAGAAGGAGGAUGGGGGAGCUACCACUGGAAAAUUUCUUGGUGUUGGAGAUGCAUUUAUCACUUUGAUGGAACCAGAUGGACUAAUUGCACUGAGUGCUGCAUAUGGUUUUUGCAUCAUGGUAACAUGCAUUGCAGUUGCAAUCCCUAGAACCUUGUCUGAUUGUGCAAGGCGGCUCUCUGGGAGGAGAGAUGAGCGCACAUUCCUUGGAUUCAAGAAACCUGAUGAGAUCAUUGGUAUCUCAGACAAGAGAGGGUUCCAGCUGAUGUAUGAGAACAUGGUCUUUCAUCUAUACUGUCUACUUAAAUUAAAAUUUUGGAAGUUUGUGCUCCUGGUGAUGAUCUAUCCCUUACUAAAACUCUGCAACAUUGAUGUCUUUGAUGAAGACCUUGCAGAGUCAGAUGAAAAUGUUGAACAAUCAGAUGAGGAAGAAAACUGUCAACUGUGCUCCAAAAUUUGUAAGGUAGUGCUAACACUGCUCUUGUUUCCAUUUUGGGCAGUCCUUAUCACCACAGCUUUCUUCCUGUACAUUUUUCCAGUUACUUAUGUUGGUUUUCGCAUCUGGAUAAUGCUGUUCCGAAUUGAAAUAGAAUCGCCAUGCUGCCAGUACAUCCCUGCAUGUGUGAGAAUAACAACUUUUCCAGUUUUGUACAUCCUGUUUAUAGUGUUUUGCAUGUGUGUGGAAGCAUCUUAUUACAUGUUAGCAGUCGUCCUGACAUUCAACAUCAUGGUUCUGGGAAGCGUUAUUGGAUUUACAAUAAUUGGAUUUCUCUUUAACAUUGAAUUUUAUUUUCCUUACAUUAUUCUUAGCUUGUGGGUUAUAGUAUACAUUCUCAGAGGAACACAUAAAUAUUACACUCAAUUUACCAACCUUAAGACUAUUGUUUUUGAAGAGUGUGAAAAAUUUGACGAAGAGACUAGGAAGGAAGCCAGCAUCCGUGAAACUUUUAGUGGUGCACCUCCCGAGAGAAGGUCUCCGUCACUUUCUUCCCUUCCAAGGAGCAAGUCAACUUCAGCAAACUUCCUUAUCACAGUUGAUGGUUAUGGUGUUCCCAGCAUCCCACUGGAUAUUUUCCUCGCAUCCUCUCGUAAACUAAUGCCUUUCAAGCGUAUUAUACUGGCCAAAAUUUUUAAGGUGAUCGCACUGGGAAGUUACCUUGUAGUGAUAUUCUUGUUUGUGAUGUCACUGAUGGAAUUUAAAGCUGUGAAUCCCAUAGUUCAAGGACUGGCACUGUUAUUUCUUGGUGGACUGCCCCUGUUGACUCAGCAAAGCCCACAUCAUAAAAUAGAGGCUGAAGAAAUCAGAGCAAGGUUUUAUGUCAGGGAUUUCAUGAAACAGUACACAAAGAGGGAUUUGUAAGUUUUCCUUACGUAAUUUGCAGUAGAGCAACUUUUGAUUACUUUAAUGAACACCAAGAUUUAAAUAUCAAUUUUCUGUUCUGUUUCUGAACUUUUUUUUAAUUACCUGUCAAUUCUGAGAAUUGGCUGGAAAAUUAAAUACUAAAAAUUCUCACCUGGUUGAUAUUUUUCUUUCUACUCAUUACCUUUCCACUUGAAAAUGGCUUCUUAGUAUUAUUAGGAGAAAUUCCAUUUUUUGUCACCCCAGGAGGGUGACAGGGUGAAAUAAGUAGCAAGUAAUGUGAUACUUCAUUGCAUUUCUCUGUGAUUUUUUUCCAGGAAACUUUGAGAUUAACAGAGAUUAAACAACUGUGACUUGCAUUUUUGCUCCCAUUUUUCUGGUUUUCAUAGAGUUUCCUGUGUUGACACUGAGUUUUCAUUGGCUCCCUGUGAUAUUCUUGUUUUAACCUUUUCACUCCUAAUAUCUAAGUAGUAAUUCUCUUGCUGUCUUUCAUAAUAUUCUUGUGAUAUUUGUGUGGAGAAUUUAGUAUUGGAUCAACCAAUAAUCUCCUCAUUGAUAUUUUUCUCUAUUCUCUACUGAGCUCAAAAUUGACCAUCUUUCUCAUUCUAUUUGCAAUAAUAAACAGUUCUUACUUUGAUUAAAAGAUGAUUUCCUGUUCAUGACUUGCAAAAUCUUAUCCACACCCUUCCAAAACUAUAAACUAGAAUCAAUUUGCUUAAGCUAGCUUUGUUAUAAUACUGUUUUAACACUAACCCACUACAUGAGAAAAUGCUGGACAAACAAUUACCUUUGAAAUCACACCCACAGUGUUGUAGUGAAGAGCACUGUGUCAGUGAAAUGUCCUCUAAUUAUUGUUAGAAACUUAUUUGUUUCUCCUUUCCCAACCUUAUCGAUGAAAGAAUGGAAAGAGAGAUCUAAAAAGAAUUGUGGUUGAAAAUUAAGUAGUCUUCAGCCAAGUUUGGGCACAAACGUAGUGCAUGUUUCUCAUUAGAGAGGGUGGCUAUAGGUUUUGCUGUUGUCCAAAGCCUCUAUUUUUGACAUGUAAUGGUUGAAAUGCGAAGCCCUGGUUAUGAAAAUAAAGUUUUAUUUUAAGCUAAGUCAAUCUCAUUUUCACUAAUCUUUUUAGUUACUUGAUAGUUUCUCAGUGGAACUCAGAGGUGGCCUAUGUUAUGUAAAGGUUAUUUAGUAUUCAUAGGUUAUGAAUAUUGAUUCUUUCAUUUUAACUCUGUUAAUUCAAAUAAAAAGCCUAGGUAAGAAAAAAUAAACAGGGGUGGAUCUAGGGGAGGUGCAAGGAAUGGGUGCCACCCUCUUUCCUGAAAUGACCUCCAGCUUCCUGUUAUAACUUCGCAGUCAGCAACAGUAUACAAAAUGUGAUGUAUUGUUUGCUAUGUAACCUCAGCAGUUCACAUUAUUCCCAAGUCUUCACUCUUAAAAUCUGUUUGCAUCACCUGUCAGUUAUGUCACUCCUUAAAGGUUCACCCCCUCCUAAAAAAAACUACUGGAUCCACCUCUGAUAAAAGUCGACACUAACAGGGUACAUACCAUAGAAAUUAUUUCUUGCAAUUAAGAUACAAAAUGUGUGUAACACAGGUUAAAAUUUCUGUAAUUCAUGUAGGUAAUAAGUAAUUUUCACAUUAUUUGAAUUAUUGGUGAUAUUAAGUGUGGCUGUGUAUUUUCACCAAGAGAAUAAUGUUGUUUGCAUUGACUAGUAAAACUAUUCAGUCAAAGUUACUGUUAGUGUAAUGUUCCACAAUCAGAGGGAUUGUAGUUUGUAGGUAGUUUUGAUUAAAAAUAUAAGACUUUGCAAUAGUAAUUCUGUGUAAUUUCUAAUUGCAAUAAAUGAAAGAAUG